AUGAAAUCUAUAAACAAUCAAAGAUUAAUUCUUUUACCAAGGCCAGAACGUUGGGGGAAGCGUUAUUUGUUUGGGGAAGUAAAAGGUCAACCAGAUGUUAUACGUUGCAAUGCCGAUUAUAAGCAACUAUUCAAACAAGGUGGAGCAUCUCAAGUACUAUCAAUAAUAGAAAUUAAGCCCGAUCAGCUGAUGAGACAGUUGCUGGACAAUGGAUUAGAUUUGUACGAGGCUUAUAACAGAGCAUUGACAGCGGCUGAUGAUGAACUACUAUGUUUACUAAACAUAAAAGUAUCAUCAGAUAGUUAG